AUGCGGACAACAUUCGACGAAUCUCGAGUUGGCUCAAGUGAGAUCCGCGCAGGAACCAGCGGAUUAUAUACACCCGUGGUACAACAUAGGAUUCCCCAGCUCCUACGAUUUUGCUAUUAUGAGGGCGACAGCGGCGGACCGUUAAUGUGUGCUCGUGAUGGUCACUGGGAGCUCACAGGCGUCGUUAGUUGGGGAAUCGGACGUGCUCGACCCGGAAUGCCAGGAGUUUAUGGAAACGUGCAUGCGGCAUCUACUAUCAAUUUGGAAAUGAGCAGACUUCGAAUCUAA